AAAUAAUUUAUUUUUUGGCGAAAGUUUCGAACACGCAAUUAAGGUUUCCGAGAAAUUUAUUAGCAUUGCAGGAGGCAGACAACAUAAACUUUUAGCGGGUUAUGCCUUUUUUCUUCAGAAAGGUAAAGAAAAGAGUAACCUUAUUGCAAAAUUAGACGAUGAUAUUAAGGAAAUCAAACAACCUUCAGCUAAUGCUUCUUAUGGAGUAAAUUCUGACGAUAUCUCCUCAGCACCAAAGUACUGGCUCACGCCAAAAAUAUGUCUCUAA